CCUCCAGGAAUCGAGGGUUCCCCGAUAGUACGUUCGAUGUAGGCCUAACAUCCUGGACUAUGCGCAAAAAUUGCCGAUCUCUGCUAGACAUUGCACAACAUAAUAGGCUAUGAAGACUCUGCACUAGCUGGCCUGGAACAAUCAAGCUACCCCGCCUGGGUAUUCACACCUAACUGCCACUGUCCAUCAUGACAAGCCCCAAUGUCACUAUCCAUGGCCAGACGAACCUGCUUCCACGUACGCAGUUACUGAUCGUCUUUUCCACCUUGGCCUCAGCCUUUCUCUUUGCCUACGCCGACCAGAAUGGGAUCGCGGUGGCCCUGCCAAACAUCGCCCGAGACCUGAAUGCUCAGAAUACCAUCAGCUGGGCGGGGACCUCGUCAAUGAUUGUAAAUACCAUCUUCCAAGUACUGUACGGCCGGCUGUCAGACCAUCUUCGGCCGACGGAGGGUCUACCCUCUCCGCUGUCUUACUCCUAGCUGGAGCUGGCAUUCUGUACCACGGCUCAGACCUCCUGGGCCUGGCCGGUAUCGCCACUGGCGGAAUCAAUUCGCUGACCAUGAUGAUUGUUUCUGAUAUUGUCACUCUACAGGAGCGCGGACGGUACCAGGGCAUUCUGGGAAGUUGCAUUGAUCUUGGAAACACCGUUGGGCCCUUCGUUUCCGCAGCAUUCACGCAGCGAGCCACUUGGCGCGGCUUUUUCUAUCUAAUCAGCCCGUUGAUGGUGGUCAGCUGUGCCCUGUCCUUCUUCCUGCUUCCCUCAACUAUGUCCAAGGGCAAGGGCCUCGAGCGGAUCAAACUCAUCGACGGCUGGGGCUUGUUGACCGGCUCCGCAGGUCUGAUCUGUGUUCUGAUUCCUUUAUCGGGGGGUGGUUCCUACUUCGCAUGGGGCUCAGCUCUACUGAUUGCUAUGCUAUCCGUGGGCGGGGCCUGCACGCUUGCCUUCCUCUUCGUUGAAGCCAAAGUGGCGCGGCUUCCCAUGGUCCCCUUCUCCAUGUUCCGAACCCCGGCGGUCGUGGUCAUCCUGCUGCAGAAUUUCUUCUUUAGAUAUUGCUAUUACGCCGAGCUGUACUUCCUACCCAUUCACUUCGAGAAUGUGCGCGGAAUGACCCCGCUCGGGGCUGCCGCCCUGCUCACUCCGAUGGUGGUGGCCCAGAUGAUCUUUUUCGUCGGCUCAGGUUUGUACAUCACCCGAUUUUCUCGAUACGGCGAAGUGAUCUGGGCUGGAUUCUUCUGCUGGAGUCUUAGCGGAGCGGGCCUUCUCUGUCUGUUCGACCAGGGCACUUCCCUGGCUGUGAUCGUCAUCUCCCUUAUCAUUCUCGGCUCCGGUGUGGGCAACGUGUUCCAGCCCUGUUUGGUGGCCAUCCAAGCACAUUCGCCAAGCGAUCUCCGCGCGGUGGUGAUUUCAAACCGCAACUUCUUCCGGGCACUGGGGGGCGCGGUGGGCCUGGCAUGUUGCAGCGUAAUCCAGCAGACGGCGUUGCAACGUGCGCUCCCGUCCACCUUGCGCGAAAUCGCUAAUAACAGCUACGCGGUGCCCUCGCUCGAUCAUUUCGCAGCGACCGAGAGGCAUCAGAUCCAAUCAGCGUACGUGGAUGCCAGCCAGACGGUGUUUAUCUCCAUGGUACCCUUUAUGGGCGUCUGCCUAGUCCUCUGCGUCUUCACCCGAGACCGCGGGCUGAUGAGAAAAGAGGAGACAGCGAUGGCGACUGCAACGGCGCCAAGGCCGGCCAGUGAUGAUAACUCGCAGUCGAGCCAGGGGAGCGAGGAACCCAAGAAGGUUUAAAGACAGAGCAUUUGUCAGCGAACGAAGGAUUUCAGGUGGAAGGUUUAAGACAAGGAUGUGGGCUUG